AUGGGAGUUGGAGGGACAUUAGAGUAUAUAUCAGAGCUAAUAGGAAAUGGAGGAAGCCAUAGCUAUGGCAAAAGGAAGAAGAAGAAACAGUUUCAGACAGUAGAACUCAAAGUUAGAAUGGAUUGUGAUGGUUGUGUCCUCAAAGUCAAAAACUCUCUUUCUUCUCUACAAGGAGUUAAAACGGUGGAGAUAAACAAGAAGCAACAAAAGGUGACAGUGAGUGGUUACGCGGAAGCGAACAAGGUCUUGAAGAAGGCCAUAGCGACCGGGAAGAAAGCUGAGAUAUGGCCGUACGUACCGUACAACUUGGUGGCUCAGCCGUACAUAACUCAGGCUUAUGACAAGAAGGCACCGCCUGGUUACGUCAGAAGAGUGGAACCACACGUCACCACCGGGACGAUGGCCGUUUACUACGAUGAUCCUUCUUAUACUUCUUUGUUUAGUGAUGAUAAUCCUAAUGCUUGCUCUAUUAUGUAG